AUGAGGCGCGUCACCGGCCAGGACCCCGCGGUGGCGGCGCACCUGCGCGCCGGCGAGGUGGCGUGCCGGUGGUGGUUCCUGGCGCUGACCGACAGCCGCUAUCCCUCCCCCAGCCCGUAUCUCUCUCCCGAUGUGGCGCCAUCUCCGACAACCAUAGGGUUCGCCGCCGUACUGACACUCAGAUCCCUGCGGUGGACGACUGUAAUCACCGGCCUCCGCACCUUCUUUCAGGGUUUGCGCUCCAGUGCUUGCUACUCCACUGUUUGCCUUCUCCGUGUUGAUCCCUGGGAGGCAUGCUUCAAGCCAACCGCGGCGGCACAGAGGGCUGACUAUGGCAUGUACGGAACGGAACCAAUUGAUCAAAAUGGGUUAUGGCCAUGGAGGUAUGAAGGAGAUGUGCGAAGCGGGCAACAACGACGACGAGAGGGAACACCUCCUGCGCGGUUAAGAACAAUGGCUUCCAGCGAGGGCCACCCAUGA